AUGGAGGUGAUAAACUCGCAAGAGACACCGGAUCAGCAGAAGACUGGCAUUACUCGCGUGGAGGACAAAUAUCUCAUUGAUGAGGAUGCCGUUGUUGGGCGUGGCGCAUGGAGCGUCGUGAAGCGUUGCACUCCGAUUGCGCCCUACGAGCCACCUGCGUUGCGACCCGGAAUGAAGGUUGUGGUGAAGAUCAUUGAGAAGGAAUAUCUCAUAUCUUUGACGAAGGGAAACGUGGAGCGGGCCAUGGCGGAGGUUAAGCGGGAAAUCGAUGUUCUGCGGCAUGUUCCUGCUCACGAAAACAUUGUGACCUUUUUAGAAUACAUUGAGACGGAGAAGGAAUUUCUUCUCUUCUUUGAGGAGGUGCAGUGUGGCGAUUUAUGUGAGAUUAUUCUUCAGGCACCGGAAGGGAAGCUCACUGAGGAGAAGGCCAAACACUACACGUAUCAAACCAUCAAGGCCGUUUUGCACUGUCAUAUUCAUGACGUGAUUCACCGUGACAUUAAACCUGAAAAUCUACUUGUUAGCGAUGACGAUAAUAUCAAGUUAACUGACUUUGGGCUUGCCAAACGAUCAAAAGGGGUGUGUACUUUCGCUGAACCAAGGGACCUUUUAGAUCCUGUUGCACUUUGUAUGCCGUACCCUGGCGCAGAGAGAAUUAUUGGAAAGCGCGUUGUCUG